UCCUAAAACUGCAGCUCUUUCAUUGUAUUGUCAGAGUGAGAAAACCUAAUUCAAUACCAAUCCUCUGUGUGUAAUGUAAUCACAUAUGAGUCAAAAGACACUGCCAUUACUGCCGUUCUCCUCCCAGUAGAUGUAACUAAGGUAAUAAAAGUCAGAAAAGCUGUUGAGCGUUCACUUCUCCAUCCCAGAUAAACAGACAGUUAUAAAUACGGACGGCCUGUUGGAAAUUAGAAGUUAAUUUUUAAAGCAAAUACAGUGCACAUGUUUUUCAUGACCUCACAGCUUCAGCUCGUGUAUGUGCGUAAAUAUGACAACUAUUUGGACUUUUAAUGGUCCUUUAGACCCAAUCAGUUUAAGUGGAAAUAUAAAUAUAGGAGUUUAUUUUACAUCUUUGCGGUGGCAGGAAGGUAGGUCACAUGACUAAAGUGACUUAACCUUGUCUGCAGGGAUCUGAUAGGACUUCUGGCUGAUGUGACUGUUCAUUCUGGUAACAUUGAGGGUGUAGCAACAGUGGAGUAGUGUUUGAGUAAGGAGAGCGUGUUCUCUUUGACAUGUUUUUAAAAUGUAUUCCUACAUAACCUGUAUUUGAACUGUUUGAUGUUGCUCGUAUUAAGGCCUAUGGCAUGAACUGUUUUUAUCGCAUGCAAAUUAUGUCUCAAUACUGGGAAGAAAAUGCAAAACUCUAAAUAUUGUUAUAUUUAUAAAGAUGUAUUAUAUAUAUAUAAAUAUUAUAUACGUAAGCAAACCUUCAUAAUAUGUGUUUAUGUUUAGAAUAAAUAAACCGGUAAUACCGAAUAUAGUGGUAAUUACAUGUUUUAUAUAUAAAGAAAAUCAGCUGUUGUCAUUGAAUUCUUUUUGCCAUUUUCUGAGCUGGAUAUUCCAUCAACGGCCCCGGUUUAAAUAAAGGUAUAGCUGGGAUUAAACAACAGUCGCAUCACAUGACAACGUUGAGGAUUUAUUUAUUAGCAGCUAUUGAUUGUGGGUAUUUAUCUGCCUCUCUGCCUCGGAGCGGUUGAACCAUGACGAACGACGCGUAAAAUCGUGCCCUCUCCGCCCCAGCGCCAUCACUCAUGCGCUAUAUUCAUAACCAAAUGACAUUAUACUGUCAGGAGUUAGGCCCCCGCCCGCCCUCACAUCCCUUUUUAACAGCUAAUACGCGGCCAGACUGGUGCAUGUCAUCCACAGAAUCACUCUGGGAGAGGUUUGCGGGCUCCCAUGAUCCUCUGAGUCAAGAGCGUUUUGUGUAACUCUCCUCAAACCUGCGGGGAGUUGAGACUGUUUGGUCAACGAUAGUGGUUCCUAGAAAAGAUCUGAAUGGUCCUCUAACCAAAGCCAGCUGUGCCAAAGCCAUUCACGGAGAGGGUGAGGAUGUCGAGGUAAAGAGAGAGAGAGAGUGCAUGUGUGUGAGAGAGGGAGGUAAAGAGAGAGAGAGAGGCAGAGAGAGGGAGGGUGAGAGAGAGACUGUGCUCUUCUCUGUUCCUAUGACUUUUUUAGGCAUGAACGCACAGACCUGUGUACCAUACAGCGACAUGACAUCCAUGGAUUCAUAUUAUAGCUCCACUGCUGCGCAAGGUCUGCAGACGGACCACUUUAGGACGUUCUCCACCAGCCCUGAAACCAAAUACAGCUCCAUCACCGCCUUCCUGCCCAGCAAAGGUCAGGCUUACGGAGAAAAGUCCCGCAGCCCAUUCCAGCAGGAGUGCCAGUCAUUGGAUGCCGCCACAGCUGGGCCGGGGACGUUCGGUAAAUACCACCUGUUUAUGCAGAGGUCGUCCUGCAAAACACCCCCCGAGGACGAAGAGCUGCACCGGGACAGAGGACACAACGGAGCGUCCAUCUCCUGCUAUGGUAAAGAAACUCCAGGUCUGACAGACGCCGACUUGGCCCCAAACUCUGAUCCGCCCGGAAUGGACUCCAGCUACCUAGCUGUGAAGGAUCAAGGUGUCAAGGCGUCGACCGACUUAGCCGGUCCUCUGGACAAGGCCGAUGGCAGCGAGAGCAACAAGGGCAAAAAAAGGCGGAAUCGCACCACCUUCACCAGCUACCAGCUGGAAGAGCUGGAGAAGGUUUUCCAGAAGACGCACUAUCCUGAUGUUUACGCCCGGGAGCAGCUAGCACUGAGGACAGACCUGACUGAAGCCAGAGUGCAGGUUUGGUUCCAGAACCGAAGAGCCAAAUGGAGGAAGAGGGAGCGUUUCGGUCAGAUGCAGCAGGUCAGGACGCACUUCUCCACAGCUUAUGAGCUGCCUCUGCUGACACGGCCUGAGAACUACGCACAGAUCCAGAACCCCUCCUGGAUCGGCGGCAGCAGCGCGGCGUCUCCUGUACCCGGCUGCGUCGUGCCCUGCGACACCGUGACCCCCUGCAUGACUCCUCACCCCCACUCUGCCAGCGGGGUGUCUGAUUUUCUGGGCGUGCCCAGUCCUGGGGGUCACGUGGGACAGGCCCACAUGGGCGGGCUGUUUGGAGGACCGCCGGGCAUGGCCGCGGGCAUCAACGCAUACGAUCUCAACAUGGACCCCGACCGCAAGUCUUCUAGUAUCGCAGCUCUGCGCAUGAAAGCCAAAGAGCACAGCGCAGCCAUAUCUUGGGCCACAUGAUGUGCAGAUAGACGCCGGAGGGAGGAUUGGGUCCACUCCGAGAAUGCCACACAAACCCCAGCAUGGCGUUAGGGGGCGACAGAGUAGAGAAAUCUGCAGGCAACAGCGACUACCUUAAUGAGUGUUGCAAUAUGUUAAUUAUGCAAAUACAGAGACUACACAAUGACAAUGACACCGGGAGAGAGGACACGACGGCACAUCGGUGCUGCGGUUCUCUCUGACGGAGGGGGAGUGACCUGAGCUGUGUGAGCAGAACCACAGAGUGACGCAGUGUAUUUCUGAUUGGAGGAGUGAGACAUCCGUAGGUAAAGAUUUUUAAAAACUAGUCCGUGCACUUAAUGCUAAAAUACAGGAACUGGUGUUUGUACAGUGUCCAGUUGUCGUUCUGUUUCGUUGUUCGGGUGCCGUUUUGAUUUUUUCUUUAUCUUGUUAUUUAAAGUUCGAGUGUUUCUUUCCCCCCACAGUUGUUUGUGGCUGAUGUUUAUUUCCUGUAAGCGUCCUUAGAAAGCCUUCUAAUCUUUAUAAGACGUCUUUGAUCCGCACAAGACUGACUCGUCAUGUUUGGUGCCAGGUGGAAAUAACUGAAGACGCAAGGUGACGGUGUUUUUCAGUUACUAAUCCUUAGCAUUUCAACAGCAAACAUAGUUUGGUCAGACACAUCAACCUGCCACACUGACUCGCUCUUCUGAUGGCCGCAGACAGAGGAAGUGUGAGGAAGUGUGUGUGUGUGUGUGAGUGAGCAGUGGAGGGUCACAGCGGCGGCCUCUCAAACAGAGACGCCUCUGUUUUCCAGCAUUUCCACUCGCAGGAGUUUCACAGAAAGCAGUGCCUACUUGUCAGUCCGAGCGCCAGAAAUAACAGUGAAACCAGCAGCUACCACACUGGAAACAGAAGCAGCAGAUACACAACGCAGUGUGUUGACACCCUUGAGCAGUCAAAGGAUGUUGGUGCAGCUCUGUUAAAGCUGAGCAAUAAAAUCUCAUUGUUGCCCCGUCACAUCUUUCAACUCCUCCUCAAUUUCCCUUCAAAACUGGAAAACUGUGUUUGUUUCAAGUGGAGUUUUUACAGUAAAAAUCGUCCGUAUUCAUCUCAGUUUAUUUGGUCCAUGUGGGACACAGAAGUGUAGUGUAGUGAUCCACCAAAGAGUGUAGACAAAUGCAGCCCAGCUGAGCUUUGCUGUCAAUCGCUGUUCCCAAAAUAUCAUCACAAAUGCUGCGCAACAUGAUUUUGGAUUCCUAUAAGACACCAAGGAGCAUGUUUAUAUGCAGUAUUAGGGAGAAGCCCAGUUUAAACCUAGUGACUGUAGAGACAACGACAAUCGACUGUUACCAUCUUGCAGAACCUGUGAGAAUCAGUAACCUUACACUAUACAAAAGCAUCAUUAUCAUACAGUUCACAAAUGUCUGCAAUAACAAAAAAAUAAUAGAAAAAAUCAUUAUCACAAUUCCACCUCCACCUAAGUGAGGGUGUAUAGCAGUGACUAUCAACAUGUGGCCUGUGGGCCAAAUCCAGCACGCCAAACUGUUUAAUCUGAGGCGCGACUGGAUUCCAAAUUUGUGACGAUCAAAGAAAAAAUAAAAAGUGUGGUCAUUACCUUUAAAGCAACUGAAAUGAAAAUUAAUAAUUAUCAGUGUCAUAAUCAUCAAAUAAUUAUGUUGAUGAUUAAUAAAAAUGUGAUUUUUAUUGAAGUUGAUCUGCAAGUCCGUCCCCCAGGAUGUCUGUCCAGAAAAAUUCUUACCCUCAGACAAAUAUACACUGGUUGGUGACCCGUUAUAUAGACCAACAAAACCAGUAUGAGGUGAUGAGGUUUUGAAUUCACAGCAUCAGUGUCAACAGCCAGUCACAGCCAGUCGGACCGUGCUGUACUAACUUUAGUUAUUUUGACUGAUUUUGAUAAUACGAUCUACACCAUCAUCUGAGUUUUUGCGUUCAUAUUCCAAACCCAUUGUUUGUGUUAGCCUGUGUGAUCACAUGACGUGCGUAACACUGACUGACAGUCACCACCUUCUGGAAUCCGUUAGACCUGAAGCCCGGCCUGCUCGGCUCCACGUCUCAGGUUUCUCCUCAUCUACAUGUUGUUGUGUUCUGCGUCCUGAAGGUGAACUUGAAGGCAACAGCAGCCCAAGUUUGAUUGACCUUAAACCAGCACUGUUUGGGCAGAAGGUGCAGCAGGUUUGACUCUUGUCACAUCGCACCGUUGUUUCCCACCAUUACAACACAUAAACAGGAGUGGUUUUAGUGAGACCACCAACGUGUUGGAGGAAAAGAAAAACACUGCCAGGAAUCUUCUGUUUACCAACAUCAGGCCUGGGGAACAAUGUGCCUUGUGUUUGUCUCGCUCUGUAAAAAAUGAGGUAAAAGUAAAAAAAAAAAAAAAAAUGAUAAGAAUCGUUUCUGAAUUUUAAAAACAUCUCUUUAUCUAUCAUCUCAUAUUAUUUACAUAUUCAAACACAGAUGCCCUGGCGACUGCCUCCUCCGGGGACAGGAAUAGCAGAUGAUGUCGAACAAUAAGCCUGUGCAUGUUCUUUUCUUUGUUGUCAUGGUCUGACUUAAGCUCUGAGCAUAACAAAGGGGUUUCAUGGUUUUGAAAGGCAAGUCUGAAUCCCCGUAGAACACCUCCAGGCAGAGCAACCAUUGCUAAUUCUCUAAACUGAACCACAUUCACUUGUCCUCCUGCGGGCAGGUUGAAGCAGCAGAGGUUCACAGCAGCUCAACCUCAACUCUUCCAAAUUAUAUCCACUCUUAUUCUCCGCUCCAAAUCCGAGGCAAAUGAAUAAUCUAUAGUACUAUUUUUUUUAAAGUAAAAAUGACAAAGGAGACAGUGUCUGUAUGCAAUGUUGAGGACGUUCGCCGUGUUCUGAAAAAAGCGCGGUGCACACAGCUGUGC